AUGAACUUUUCAAAUUCAGAUAGACAAGAGCCCAUUGCCAUUAUUGGAGCCGCCUGUCGCUUUGCUGGUGGAGUGUCCUCUCUAGGAUCACUAUGGGAUAUGAUCAGCAAGGUCAAGACUGGCCACGGUCCAGUGCCUAGUGAUCGCUGGGACAGCAACAUGUGGCAUCAUCCUGAUCCAGACCGAAAAGGUGGCAUCAGUCCACAGCAUGGGUACUUUUUGGAGCAGGAUAUCGGCCACUUUGAUGCUCCUUUUUUCUCAGUAACAGAAAAGGAAGCUGCGUCUAUGGACCCAAUAAAGAGAAUGCUGCUGGAGGUAUCUUAUGAAAGCUUUGAGAAUGCUGGAAUCCCCAUGGAAGACUUGAUGAACAGUCGGACGGGGUGCUACGUCGGUUGCAUGACAAACGACUACGAAAUGAUCUCCUUGCAUGACAUCUACGACAUUGGGCAUCCGGCGGCAACGGGCCUCAGCGAAGCCAUGACGGCGAAUCGUGUGUCCUGGUUCUUUGGCCUCAAAGGCCCCAGCUUGACGCUCGAUACCGCCUGUAGCUCCUCACUGUACGCACUCCAUCUUGCAUGCCAGUCGCUGAGGCUGAGAGAAACAAACAUGUCGCUCGUCACAGGGGUCAACCUCCUCAUUAACCCCAAUACCUCACACCAAUUGACCGCGAUGCACAUGCUCAGCCCGGAAGGCAUCUCACACACGUUUGAUGACCGGGCUAAUGGCUAUGGCCGUGGCGAUGGGAUAGGAGCCAUGGUAGUCAAACGUCUCUCGGACGCUCUCCGCGACGGUGACACGAUCCGUGCGGUGAUUCGUGGUUCUGGUGUCAACGCCGAUGGCAAAACCCCCAGCGUGACCCAACCCAGCUCCAGCGCACAAGCCGAACUAAUCAGCCAGACCUACGAAGACGCAGGCCUCAAUCUGGCGGAAACUGGCUACUUUGAAUGCCACGGUACAGGAACGCCCAUUGGUGACCCUCUGGAGCUCACUGCAAUUGCCUCGACUCUGGGUGCAGCACGGCGCGCGGCUGGAAAACCCCCUCUCUACAUUGGAAGCAUCAAACCUACUGUUGGCCACACAGAGGGAUGUGCUGGCUUGGCCGGCGUCUUCAAGUCCAUCGUCCUGCUGGAAAAGGGAAUGCUGGUCCCCACAUUCGGCGUCGACCGGGUCAACCCAAAACUCAAGUUGAAAGACUGGCAUCUUUCCCUCCCGGAGGAGGUCGCUAGAUGGCCAACACCAGGGCUGCGUCGAAUCAGUGUCAACUCCUUUGGGUUCGGUGGUGCCAAUGCCCACGUUAUUCUGGACGAUGCGUACCACUACCUCCAAGAGAGGGGGCUCGAUGGCAAACACAACACUGUUGGUGGUGACUUUGGUUCGGAUUCCGGGUUUGAGGAUACAUCAGUCAACGGAGCCACCGACCAGCCACCCAGAAAGUUACUUGUCCUCACUGGGAAAGAUCAGACUGGAGCCAAGCGGGUGUCCGAGUCUCUCAAUGCAUGGUUGCAGCAAGACUCGGAGGAUAGCAAUGACCCGGCCUUGUUGGAGAAUCUUGCAUUCACGCUUUCCCACCGUCGCACACAUCUUGAGCAUCGAACUUUUGCAGUCGAAAAUUCUGUAUCUGGGCUCAUGGAUAGGCUGUUGAAAGGACUGGGGCCAUCGGUACGAACCCAGCGUCAUGGCAACAACCUCAUCAUGGUGUUUACCGGACAGGGUGCUCAAUGGCCAGCAAUGGGUCGUGAGCUCCUCGUAAACUCCAGUUUUCGCGCAAGCAUCGAGGUAUCGCAAUCUUACCUCGAGGGGCUGGGGUGCACGUGGAAUGUAAUCGAGGAAGUGAGCAAGAUACCCAACCCGAAUAUUAACCGCCCCGAAUACAGCCAGCCCCUUUGUACAGUGGUGCAAAUUGCCCUGGUUGAGCUGCUUCGUGCCUGGGCGGUUUCCCCCCGAGCCACCAUCGGACACUCGAGCGGCGAGAUUGCUGCUGCCUAUGCCGCAUCGCUGCUCACACACCACGACGCCAUCAAGCUGGCCUACGUCCGAGGGCUCAGUUCGGCCGCGGUCUCCAGGCCAGGUGCAAUGAUGGCCGCCGGAAUCUCCGAAAGUGAGGCCCAGGCGUACCUUGAAAAGGUUCCAGCCGAGUCUGCAGUCGUCGCCUGCAUCAACAGCCCAUCCAGCGUGACGCUAUCUGGUGACGUUGACGCCAUUGACAAUUUGGAAGCCCUGAUUCACAGCGACGGUAAAUUCGCCCGCAAGCUCAAGGUUACCACCGCGUACCAUUCUCCUCAUAUGCGUGAGGUUUCGCCCAAGUACCUUGAAAUGAUUGGUGACAUACAGCCCAAGGAAGCGGACGUGACAGGCGACAACACUGUUAUGUACUCCUCACUUACCGGGUCUCUCGUCUCCAAUCCCAAAGAGCUGGAUGCCCAGUAUUGGGUCAACAACAUGCAAAACCCCGUCAGGUUUUCCCAGGCCUUCUUAGCCUUGGUGAAGCACAAGAAAGUCACAGCAGGGGGUACCCGGGCCGUGCCAAUCCAGUGGGGUUGUAUCCUCGAGGUUGGACCUCACUCCGCCCUCCAAGGGCCUGUGCGGCAGAUCACCGACGCCAGUAACAACAGGUUUGCCAAGUCUGCCCCUUAUGCCUCUAUGCUUCUUCGUGGUGAGGACGCAACAGCGUCGGUCUUGAAGGCUGCCGGUGUGCUCUGGGCGGCUGGCUACAACAUCGAUCUAGCUGCAGUCAACCAGUAUCCCUCAACCGGCGGAAACUCCAUUCAGAUGCUUUGCAACUUGCCCAGCUAUCCUUGGAACCACACAAAGAGCUUCUGGCACGAAUCAUACGCGUCCCGCUCGUACCGCUUCCCUCCACAUGCGCGCAACGACUACUUGGGCAUGGCGGAGGACUCCCAAAACAGCCACGAGCCACGAUGGAGAAACUACCUGCGCAUCUCGGAGAACCCAUGGAUAAAAGACCACAUUAUAACCGGAACGGUGCUCUACCCAGGCGCAGGCAUGCUCGUCAUGGCGGUAGAAGGCGCAUUGCGUACAGCCGACUCGUCCAGGACGAUUGAGGGCUUCCGCCUGAACGACAUCAUCUUCGAGCGUGGACUGGUCAUCUCACUGGAAGAGGAUGCCCCCGUGGAGACCCGCAUCAGUUUCUACCGCGAUAGAAUGAGAUCCGACUCAUGGGUCUUCACUGUCUAUUCAAUGACCAAGGGCUCGUCUUGGGUGAAACACUGCGCCGGCACCGUUACUGUCGUGUAUGAGAAGGGGCCAAGCGAUAUCGAAGAGUAUACUGACGUCUUGUGGCAGCAGCAGUUGGCCUCACGUAAGGCGCUACUAUCGGCCACGGAGUCUGCGGACGUCGACGUUGACGCAUUCUACAAGAACCUGGACAGCAUUGGUAUGCAGUAUGGGUCAUCCUUCCGGAAUGUCCAGUCCCUCACAGCCGUACCAUCCAGGAGGGCGUCGUACGGAACGGUGGCUGUGCCAGACACCAAGUCGACGAUGCCCAAGGGGUACGAGACCCCGCACGUUAUUCAUCCAGCAACCAUGGACUCCAUCUUCCACCUGGUGAUUGCGUCUCUUGACGCGGGCCAGCCGGCGAAACAAGCCGCAGUGCCAUACAGCAUCGAGGAGAUUUACAUUGCCCUCGAUCAGCCAACUGAGGCUGGGGCACUCUACUCUGGAUACGGUCGCCUGCUGUCACAGAAUGGCCACGAGAUUACCACCGAACUGGUUGUCUCUGACCAGGAUUGGGCGCAGCCAAAGCUGACUGUCAAGAACUUUGCACUUCGCCAGGUGACCUCUGAAGCUGGAGAUGAAUCUUCUGGCGCUGCAUCUUCAGAUCGCCCCGUCCGGAAGUGCGCGGGCAUCUCGUGGAUCCCCGACCUCUCGUUUGUCACCAGCAACGAGCAGCUCGCGAGACUGAGCUCUGCCGGCACUGCGGCCGCAGUGGUCACGAGCUGGCUAGACUCGGUCUUAUUCAAGACUGCAAACACCACCGCUCUCGUUGUUUUAUUCGAUCAGUCGGAAUCUAGUAUCACUGUUCUCCGUCGCCUCACAAGUCAGAGAUAUGGGCCCAGGAAAAUUAUCGCCCUCGCCGCGUCCGAGUCGAUCUCAAAGGUAAUGAAGGACACCCUUGGCGACGACAGUGGGAACAUCACCAUCACCUAUCAGUGGCUGUCAGAGAGCCAGUCUCUAGACAUGCUAGCUCCAAGGGACAACGAUUUUGUGCUUGGUCUGGGCAUUCCUGACGUCGCGCAGCACGCUGCCACGCUUACAAGGCUGGGCACUCUGGCAUGUCUCACGUCUGCUGGCCAGCCAGGCGAGGUCAUCCCCAAGCAGCCAGAAAGCAAGUGGGUCGGCGUCCUAGCAGAGGAUGACAUCUAUGUCCUUUGCACCGCGAGUCCGGAGUCUGCCUCAAUCGAGUUGCCCGAGUCAGUCUUGCUUCUCCUGCCUGAAACGCCAUCUACGGGGGUCAGCACACUUGCUGCGCGACUUCAGCUCAAGCUUGAAAGCGCCGGCCAUUCCGUCUUAACGAUGGCCUUCACUUCGGUCGGUGUGGCCUCGCUCGCUCGCAAGCAUGUUAUUGCUCUCCUUGAAAUUGACAACCCACUGGUCCACUCCUGGACCGAGGACCAGUUCCACACAUUCAAGACACUUGUCUCGACGGUUGGCCACCUCUUCUGGAUUACGCACGGCAGCGUGCUGGAGAACUGGUCCAACGGGGUCGAAUUUGCGACAACGCAGGGUCUGUUCCGCGUGAUGCGCAACGAAUACCCCAUGGCCAGCCUGCCGGUUCUCGAUCUGUCGGCAAUCGCUGACAUCUGCGACCCUGGAUACGCAGAUCUAAUCCUCGAUGUAUGGCGAACGUCUCUACCCGAGGAUGGAGAGAUGGAAUAUGCGGAAUGCAACGGGGUAAUUUACAUCCCCCGUGCCACCGAGGAAGCUGGCUUCGACUACGAACUUCAGCUGGCAAACAACACCGCCGAACCAAUCGAGUCCACCUUGGGUUCCACUGGGCAGCCGCUGGUCGCGACCGAGCUGCCAACACUCCAAGGUCAUAUUUGGGUCACGGACGUACAGGCUGAUACAGCACUUGAACCGGGCCAAGUGGAAAUCAAGGUCGAGUAUGCUGGAGUUGGACGAGGGCGGACACUGAACUCCAUCCGCCACGUUGUCGGCACCGUUGUUCGCCUGGACUGCUCAGUCAGGGCGUUUCAGCUUGGCCAGCGGGUCAUUGUCGUCGCUGACGCUGCAGCAAAGACCCAUGCCCGCCAAAGCGAGGAUUUAGUUACAGCACUGCCAAACGGGCUGGCGCCGGCAGACGCGGUCGCACUUGUCGAGCCACUUAUUACAGCGCAGUACGCCCUUAUCGAAACCGCUCAUCUUUCUCAUGGGCAGGCGCUGCUAUUGUACGACGCUGCAAGCCCCGUCGGUCAAGCCCUGCUCCAGGUUGCCAACGCUGUCGGGGCCGAGAUCUUUGCUCUCGUUGACAGCAGAUCAGCGCGCGAUCUCAUUGCGGCGCAGUAUGGCGUCCCCAGGGAUCAUAUCUUCGAUGCUGGCUUGGAGAACUUUGUGCCCCUCAUUCAGGCGGCCACCCCGAACCGUGGAGUCGAUGUCAUUGUCCGCCAACAGGCCAGUGCACAAGAUUCAGCUGCCAUGUCGGUCCUGGGUGAUUUUGGACAUUUUAUCGACUUGAGUGGUGACAGGACCGGUGGUCAGCCUCCCGCGGCAAAGACCAACGUGACUGUUUCUCACAUAGACAUGGAGGCUUUGAUGCAGCGCAGGCCCGCCAUCAUUAGCAGACUCUUCCAACAGGCUUUCAAAGACUACGUCCUGCAAGGGCCUUUGCCACUAACAAUCUUGCCCGUCAACAAGCUCACCACUGCCAUUAACAGUGCCUCUCCCGGGCACUCUGUUCUGUCCUUGAAUGAUGCCAGCCCUGUGCUCUUGCGUCCACCCCCGGCCGAGGAGCUCAAGCUUGACAGUGAGGCAACCUACGUGCUGGCCGGUGGUCUGGGCGCCCUGGGUCUACACAUUGCCACGUGGAUGGUCGCAUGCGGUGCCAGAAACCUGGCUUUCCUGUCCCGAUCGGGCGGCGCAAAGAACCAGCACGAUCUGGACAAGUUCACGGAACGUUCUGUUCGGGCAGAGGCGUACCAGUGCGACGUCAAUGACGCUCUCAGUGUCGCCAAAGUUUUUGGCGCCAUCAAGGCCCGAGGCAGCAGGAUUGGCGGCGUGAUCCAACUUGCCAUGGUUCUCGACGACGGCAUCUUCGACAACAUGUCCUUUGAUCAGUGGCGCCGUGCGAUCGAGCCCAAAACAAAAGGCUCUCGCAAUCUGCUUGCGAACAUCUGGCCCGGCGAUAACCCCUUCUUUAUCUUGCUCUCGUCCAUCACCGGCGUGAUUGGCAACACAGCCCAGGCCAACUAUGCUUCCGGGAAUACGUUUGAAGACGCGUUGGCGCACCACGCCCGCCACCAUCUCGGUCUCAACGCCACCAGUGUUGACGUCGGCCUGGUCAUUGACUCAUCCCACUUUACCGCGGCUGGCGAGUUCGGAGAUCUUGCCAGCUACCUGGGUAGAUACCAGCACGGAUGGCGAGGCCUACAGACAUCCCUUGACGAGCUCGGCGUCGUGCUACGCGCCAUCAUGCGAGGCUCGACCACAAAAGGACAGAGUUUGCCCGCCCAGAUAGUCCUGGGAUUGGAGGACCGCAUCGAGCAUAACAAGGCCACUGGUGGCUUCUCGAGGGACAAGAAGUUUGAGCUUCGCGUCGUGGAUUCUGGUGGCGAGGCCAGCGACGGUAACAAGAAGCAAGAUGCGGGCACCCUCUUGGCCGCUGCAACCACCAUGGUUGAAGCUGCUGCAGUCGUGGAGGAGAACAUCAAGGGUCUUGUCGCGGCGGCCAUGGGUGUCUCUGUGGAGGAGGUAGAUGCGCAGAAGCCUCUGUAUGACUAUGGUGUUGACUCGCUGCAGGCUGUGGAGGUGCGUAAUCGUGCACUAAAGGAUAUGAAGAGCGACAUCUCCGUUUUUGACAUUUUGAGCGCGAUGCCGCUGGCUGAUGUCGCCGGCAAGAUUGCUGCCAACAGCCAACUGGUCAAGGUGUCUGCGGGCGAGGAGUGA